CUUUUUUUGUAUAAAAAAAACUAAUGUUUUUAAUAAUAAAAUCUUAAAGCACUUAAUAACAACAUCUUAUCAUUAGUUUAAUCACGCUGUUUUCAUGUGCCAGUUAUAAAUAACUUGCUUCUAGCGAAUCCACAAAGAUGAGGCGUGUUGUAGUUCUUUCGGCCAUCCAAAAUCUGGUAAACGGACUUAGGGGUAAACUUCCCAACUGCGUUAUAUACGAGUGCAAAUCUGCUAACGACGAGGAGCUGCGUAAUGCAGAGAUAAUCAUCGGAGAUUACGAUCUGAUAGGACCCAUAGUUUACGAUUUGAAAAAGGUAAAAUUGCUACACGGUACAUGGGCUGGAGUGGAUAAGCUGCUACCCUUCGUGGAUGCCAAUAAUCCUCCACCCUUUCCUGUAGUCAGAUACUCUGGGGAACAAUUUGGAAGGAUUAUUUCAGAGUAUGUGGUUGCCUCUAUUGUAAAUCAUGAAAGGGAGUUAUUUAGAGUUUAUGAAAAUCAGAGGGAAUCCAACUGGUGCAGGGAUGGUACUAUUAUGCAUCACAGGAUAAUCUCGGAUUUGAAUAUAGGCGUUAUGGGCAUAGGGAGUAUCGGAAGUGUUUUGGGUCAAUUACUGAAACAUUUCGGUGCCAAGGUCAAUGUCCUGGGUCGUAGACCUUCCAUCGAUAAAGAAGAAUUUAAGUACGUGCACGAAUAUUAUCCGAACGAGAGAUUGAAGGAUUUUUUGAGCAAGUGCGAUUAUGUUAUUAAUACGUUGCCCAGCACCAAUGCUACCAUCGGACUUUUGAAUGGGGAUGUUUUAAAGAGUUGCUAUGAAAGGAAAAGCAUAUUUAUUAAUGUGGGUAGGGGGACGAUCAUCGCUGAAGCAGAUUUGGCGAAUGCCAUUAAGAAUCGGUGGAUUUCCGCCGCUUACUUGGACGUCUUCCACGAGGAGCCGUUGCCGAAGGAGAACAUACUUUGGAGAAUACCCGAGGUGAAAAUAACUCCUCACGUUGCUGCUGUGAGUCGUACCGUGGACGUGGUAGAUCAGUUCGCGAAGAACUUGGAGCUGUUCGACGCGGGAAAGCCGAUACCCACGAAGAUUGACUUCCAGAGAGGCUAUUGAUGCAUCGACCAUACGUUUAAUAAAUAAAUACAAAAUACACAUAAA